AUGUUAACAUUUUAUUUAUUUUAUACAAAUUUCUCAAUUAAUUUUUUUCUUUAUUCAUUAUGUGGAAAAAAUUUUCGUUUAUGUCUUAUGGAUUUAAUUCAACAUAUUGGUAAGAAUAAACAAACAAAUAAUUUCUUUUCAAAUGUGGGUGACAAUCCAUUAGUUCAAUAUUAUCAACGUUCAAAUAGUACACGUCAUCAUUCACGUUUUUCAAAACGUGAACUUAGUAGUACACUUAGUAGUGGAGGUAUUAAUGGAAAUGCAUUUAUGUCAACGUCAAAUUUAGCUGCUACAAUGGCUACAGGUAUUAGUCAACAAACAUUACAUCCAUCAUUAUCAGCAUCAUCAUUUCAAAGAAGUUCAUUAAAAAUUGAAUUACUUACACCAACAGUCGUCAAAUUUUAUCCAGCAUUUAGUAUUAAAUGA